GCAUGAUAAUGACAUGAUCCUUAUCACAGCAGUGUCACUACGGCCGAUAGAUAAGUAUCAGUGUGUAUGUUUCCACGAGUCGGCAAGUACAGCAACGAGCCUGUACCCUCGUCGGCAGGUCCGACAAAUGAUGUUAGAUAUGCGAUAAUCAUCAAAUGAAGUUCAAAGUAUAAUCUGAGGGACAAGAGCGACAGUCGUGUAGGUAUGUACAUGGUCAACAAGAAGCGAUUCAUACUCUUUUCUCCUACUCGCUCUUCCAUCAUUCUGAGCACGUAAAAUGUCACCCAUUGCCACUGAAGCCACUAAUGCAGUCUCCCAACCUGUCCCAAAGAGCGCAAAGCCGUUAACACCACUGGAAUUGAUGGGACAUGGUGGCAUAGCUGUGCAGGCGAUUCCGAAGUUCGACUCGUAUGCCGCAAAACGCCAAUGGACCCUUGAACAUCUAGCCGGUGCCUUUCGUGUCUUUGGUCGUGAAGGCUAUGCCGAGGGGAUAGCUGGCCACAUCAGCGUUCGCGAUCCUGAGCAUAGCGAUCGAUUCUGGAUCAAUCCUCUGGCUGUCCAUUUCUCGAUGAUGAAAGUCAGCGACCUUAUCUGUCUCGAUAUGCAAGGAAAUGUCGUUGGUGGCAACAAAUCUGUCCCAGCAAACGCUGCAGGUGUCUCGAUACAUACCGCGUGCCACCUCGCCCGGCCAGAUGCACAUGCUAUAUGUCAUGCUCACUCUCUAUACGGCAAGGCUUGGGCUACGUUCGGUCGCGAGCUCGAUAUGAUCAGCCAAGAUGUGUGCUACUUCUACAAAGCCCACUCGGUAUAUCGAAACUACGGAGGUAUAGCAUUUGAAUCUGACGAGGGUACCGCCAUUGCGCAUGCGCUUGGUAGUAACAAAGCUGCGAUUUUAGUCAACCAUGGUCUUAUCACAGUUGGUGUAACGGUGGAUGAGGCCGCGUAUCUCUAUACCCUGUUGGAAAAGAGCUGUCGCAUCCAGCUCAUGGUGGAGUCGACGGGGUUGCCGAAGAUGAUGGUACCUGAUGAAGAAGCAGCCGAUACAUUUCGUCUGGCCAGUCAACCGGAUACACUGUUCGUCGAGUUUCAACCAAGCUACAAACUCGAGGAACACCUUAAUCCCGACUUCAAGGAUUGA